AUGGACCGGACGCUAGGAGCCCUGUGCUAUCUACAUUCCGCAACGUCUCUAAAUGCAAGGGACAACUUUGAAUGUCGUGAAGAAUCGCAAGACAUCAAAGAGCGACUGGCAAGGGUUUAUCUCGCGCGCGCGAGAACGUCGAUCAAACCGUCGCAUGCCGCAUUCCAACCCCAGACCAAGUCACACCCCCUUAUCCCACCUUACUCAAAGAGCCCCAAUCCCUACGAGGCGCAAGACGCAGCUGUGUCAUGUCAAAUAUCCUACACAAAUCCCAUCGUGGAAGGCGUGGGACUCUGUUUCGACGGCGAAUUAGUCUCGCCCCAGCUCACCGGCCCGCAUCCACCCAACGCCCCAUCAGGCGAUCCAGAAACUCUUCAACUGCCGAAAGCAGACACAUCACAGACCAUGGGCUUUUCAAGGUUCGAUAUCCUAGCUCCCGGACUGGCGGCGACGAACGUUUGUCAGGUGGAAACAUGACACACCCGUGCUUGAGGAGAAAGGGGAACAUGGGCGAACAUGGGAGAUGCCUCUUCCGCCCCCGCGGGCGGGAUGUGGAGGGAG